AUGUCUUGCCGAUCCUAUAAUGUUAGUUCUAGGGGUGGUGUUGCCGUCAAGAAUUACAGUUCAAGCUCAGCUGUUGUACCAAGGAACGUGAAACGCUACAGUGCUGUCAGCACCGUCUCGUACAAAGGGGGCAGCAGUGUGGGCCCUGGAGGCUUAGGUUUUGGCAGCAGGAGCCUGAGUGGCGUUGCAUCCUGCAGACCCAGAAUUGCUGUCGGUAGCUACCGCCCUGUGAGAUAUGGAUAUGGUUUCGGGAGUGCUGGUCUCGGACAUGGCUAUAGUACUUCUGGCUUGGGCUACAGAGUUGGUGGAGUCAGCGGGCCUUGCACCCCUGGUAUUGCACCCGUCACUGUCAACCCCCACCUGCUCCAGCCUCUUCACCUAGACAUUGACCCUAGUGUCCAAGCGGUGAAACAACAGGAGAAGGAACAGCUGAAGACCCUCAACAACAAGUUUGCUUCGUUCAUUGACAAGGUCCGGUUCUUGGAACAACAGAACAAGGUGCUGGAGACAAAAUGGAGCUUAUUGCAAGAGCAAAAACGAGUCAGGAGCAACAUUGAGCCUCUGUUUGAUGCCUUUAUCAAUAACCUGAGGAGGCAGCUGGAUGGACUGGGAUGCGACCGAAACAAGCUGGAGUCAGACCUGACCAACUCAAGGGAUGUUUUGGAAGAUUACCGGAGAAAGUAUGAAGAGGAAUGCAAUCGGCGAACGGGUGCUGAGAAUGAAUUUGUAACACUUAAAAAGGAUGUUGACUGUAUAUACAUGAACAAAGCUGACCUGGGAGCAAAGGUGGAAAGCUUAAUUGAGGAGAUCAACUUUCUGAGAUGUUUGCAUGAGGCGGAACUGCAUGAACUCCAGGCCUGCAUUUCAGACACCUCAGUUAUUGUGCAGAUGGAUAAUAGCCGAGGCUUAGAUUUGGAUGACAUCAUUGCUGAAGUCAAAGCCCAGUAUGAAGACAUUGCAAACAAGAGCCGCUAUGAGGCGGAGUCUUGGUACCAGUGCAAGUAUGAUGAGAUGAGGGCAACAGCUGGCAAGCACUGUGACAACCUACGUGACACAAAAAAUGAGAUCAUGGAGUUAAACCGCAUUAUUCAGCGACUGAAAGCUGAGAUUGACAGCGCCAAAGGCCAGCGUAGCAAACUGGAGGCUGCCAUAGCAGAAGCUGAGGAUCGUGGAGAAAUGGCCCUCAAGGAUGCUAAAUGCAAGCUAACAGAGCUGGAAGAUGCCCUAAUCAAGGCCAAGGCAGACAUGGCCCGGCAGCUGCGGGAGUACCAGGAGCUGAUGAAUGUCAAACUGGCCCUGGAUAUUGAGAUUGCCACUUACAGGAAGCUGCUGGAAGGAGAGGAGAGCAGGUUGUGCGGCGAAGGUGUUUGUCCAGUGAAUAUCUCGGUGUGUCGGACCCAGGGUGGAGUUGUGUGUGAUGCCGAUCCUUGUAUUGGUGGGGGAUAUACUUCCAACAGUCGGACCAUUGUCAGAGGCGGAGGAAUUGUGAGCAGUGGAGGAGGAGGUGUGUGUGGCACUGGCAUAGGAAGAAGUCUUGUGUCAGGUGGUGGAGAACUGGCCACUUCUUGCUUGCCAGUUGGAGCAUACAGUGCUGCAAGUGUGAAAGGUUCUAAUGUCAAGUUUGUGUCCACCUCCACUUCUUUUAGAACAAAAUAUUAAAACUGGGGGACUCUCUGCUUCAGCGAGGACAGCCACAGCCUUCUAAAAAGCAUCUAGGGCCAUUUUACACGCUCCUUUCUGUAGUGAGGUAUGCAACCUGAUUACAAAAUAUAUGAGGCAAGGUGAGGUGGUUGCUUCAAGUGGCAGAUUAUUGGGGUGCCAGCAGGAUGGUAAGAUGCCUCCCCCAUUUCAUCUGCCUCCUUCUUCUGCCCACCCCAUCAAAGCAGCUCUUUGCCAAGCAAUGGCAAAGCCACCUCCUGGCAAAGAGCCAGCCUUCUCCUUCUCCUCCUCUUUUUCAUCACUGUUGCCUAUCUGCCAUACAGGAGCGUAGCUAUAAUUGAGCAAAAGGGUUCAAAGAACAUGGGCCCUCCAGCUCCAUCCCUCUCUAUUUUCUUCAUUGUCUCCCUCACUCUGGGGGGCCGCCAGAGAGAGGGAUGAACACGGGCCCCCUCUCCCCUAGCUACUCCCCUGCUGCCAUAGCAUGAGGUGCACACACCUUCCUGCCCAUCCUCCAGUUCCCCACUUGUGUGAGGAACCCACCAUUGGAGUGUUAUGAAAAGGGAGAGGAAGCAGAAAAGAAAACCAGGAAAGGGCAGUAGAAUCUUGGAGACGCUCUGUAGAGUGUCUCCAGUACUCUACUGCCCUUUUCUUAUCUCCUCUUGUGCUCCGCCCCCCACCCUUUGCAUGUUAGUCCAGCAGCUGAAGAGGGAGGAAGUAGAGGAGGGUAUGAGUAUUGCACAGUGGUGGCUAUUGAAACUGCAGAGGAGGAGGUGUGUGUGCAUACAUGCACAAAGCCAAGCAGUGCUUAUUGCCAGCACUUCUGCUGGAAAAAAAAACAAUGAAGGGGAGGAGGAUGUGUAUGUGAGUGGGCAGCAUUUGAUACUCAGCCUCAGGCUCACAGAGAUCUUGAGGCACCCACUCAUGGAUUGUGUCAAAUAUGAGUAGGACAUUCAUCUAUUAGGUACCAUGUUCGCUUUCCAAGUGCUUAUGACUGGGAACCCAAACAUGUUCCCAAUGCCACUCACGUGUUCCAAAUGGAGAAUGUGACCCAAUACACACCCAGAACUCCUCUGCAGCUGCAUAUUGCUAGGGAAGAUUAGUGGUGGCAGGCAAGCUGUAUUUCAGGGAAGCUGGUCUGUCAUUAUUGAUCUCCCCACUGAGGAACCCCUGCUAAGCUUCCAAGGAAUCCCAGUUUCCCAGAACAUAGUUUGAAGAACUUUGCUGUUUGUAAUAAGGAAUCUCAUUGCAUGAGAAUUUCUGGGCAUGAUUAGUCAUAAUCAACAAGAUCACAUCAGAUCAUUCCGUGCAUAUAACCUAUGGGGCACCUACAAAUGCAAACAUCUGUCACUUUUCAACUUUUACAAAACUUAUCAAUACCACGUCAGCUAGGGGCAUUUGUAACUCUUCAUUUGCAAAUUCACGCUGUGCAGGUAGAGGUGGUUAUUUCAUUCAAAAUUUUCUGCCACUAUCUCUCUGAUUUGCCUUUCUCUUUGGUUAAGUUCUGUAUUUUUUAAUAAACCUAUAAAGCACAUGGUC